UCCCCCAGUGUUAUUGGAGACUCCUCCUCUAGAUAAACGUAGCUUGGUCCGACUCCUAUCCAUUCUCAAGCCAUUGUACUACCAGGGAUCGUACUGUAGUAUCUACCCAAGCUAAUUCGUCAAUUACGCGUUAAACAAGCUGUUUUUUUGUUUUGUUUUAAAAACAGGCUGUUUAAAAAAACCCAAAACAGAACAGCAUUAUUCUAGAUUAAACACCAAAAUAAAGCGUAUCAUCGAGGAAGUAAAGGAAAACAGGAAAGCAGACAUCGGAAGGGCAGACGCCGCCGCCGUAUAAUUCCGCACCAGUUGCGUAUUUGUUUUACAGUUCGUGCUUAGCUUUCUCUUACGUCUGUGCUCUUAUUUAGAUGGCAAGCUUCCCAGACUCUGUAAACGAAAAUGAUAUAGGUAAGGCAAAGUUAAUCGGUGAACUCCUGGUGCCUCUAGCUCCCUUCGACCAGAAGUCUGGGCGUGAGGCUUGGACAGUAGCCUUUGCACCCAAUGGUUCCUACUUUGCUUGGUCUCAGGGGCAUCGCAUUGUGAAACUCAUUCCCUGGGCAAAAUGUCUGAAGAACUUUUCAACGGGCAAUGGUGGAGAGGCCACCAAUGCCUUGAGCCCUCGGCGUUUGUCCCGUCAGAACAGCAGCGAAGGCCAGGUGAUCCCGGUGGCCGACGAGCCCCGCGAACACACCAUCGACUGCGGUGACAUCGUCUGGGGCUUGGCCUUCGGCUCCUCGGUGCCAGAGAAGCAGAGCCGCUGUGUGAACAUCGAGUGGCACCGCUUCAAGUUUGGUCAGGACCAGCUGCUACUGGCAACGGGCCUCAGCAAUGGUCGCAUCAAGAUCUGGGAUGUUUACACUGGAAAACUGUUGCUGAAUCUGAUGGACCAUACUGAUAUAGUGCGGGACUUGACCUUUGCUCCUGAUGGCAGUCUGAUGCUGGUCUCUGCAUCCAGAGAUAAGACCCUCCGUGUGUGGGACCUCAAAGAUGAUGGUAACAUGGUGAAGGUUUUGCGGGGGCAUCAGAACUGGGUGUACUGCAGCGCCUUCUCCCCCGACUCUUCCACCCUGUGCUCAGUCGGUGCUGGAAAAUCAGUGUUCCUAUGGAACAUGGAUAAGUUAACCUUGAUCCAGAAGCUGGAGGGGCACCACAAUGAUGUGGUGUCUUGUGAGUUUUCACCAGAUGGGGCACUGUUGGCCACCGCCUCUUAUGACACCCGGGUCAUCGUAUGGGACCACCACAAGGCCACCAUCCUGCUGGAACUCGGCCAUCUCUUCCCUCCUCCAUCACCCAUUUUUGCUGGAGGGGCAAAUGACCGCUGGGUUCGCUCUGUGAGCUUCUGCCCUGAUGGCCGCCACAUUGCCAGCAUUACGGAUGACAGGCUGGUUCGUUUCUGGAGCAUAGAGGAAAGGGCUCCUCAGGCCGUGGCCUCCAUCUCUAAUGGCCUCUGCUGUGCCUUCUCCGCUGAAGGAAGUGUCCUUGCUGCUGGGACUCGUGAUGGUAGUGUGCACUUCUGGGAGUGCCCUCGCAGCGUUGCCAGUCUGCAGCACAUUUGUAGGAUGUCCCUCCGCCGGGUGAUGACCACCCAGCAGGUGGAGGUCCUGGCUAUUCCUACGCCGCUCCGUGACUACCUGACCUACAAAGUCAUCUAAUCCCCACACACACACACCACCACAGCACCUCCUGACCCAACUGAACUUGCCACAGCAGCAUCGUGCUGGACAACCAAUUAAUAAUUUUCUCAAAAAUAAACAUUUUUUUCAUAGAUCUCUGAUGAACAAACGAUAUCAAUCAGACCAGGAGAAAAGGUUUUACUGAAACCCAAGAGACAUGUUCUCAUUGCAAAUGCCCACCACAUCCACUCAGAGCAGGAUAUUGUGUUGUUUCGUAAAUAUUUAUUUUUGUAAGUACUUUAAGUAAAUGAGUUUGAAUGCUAGUUAUUUUUUUGGGGGGGGGCUCCCCUCCCCUCCCCUCCAACAUUUUGCAGUGGCACCUAGAACGGUUCAGCUUCUUUUCCAGCUGGCUCCAGCUCUCCACCAGGUUCAGUAAACCCUUUUAGUUUUCUUGUGUAAUAAGCUCUGUGCUUGCUCUUAAUGUCAGGUCUGUUGUUUGCCAGUGGGUCAGCUAAAGGGAAGACACACGGGAUGUUUAAAGGAUGUAGGGUUUUGAAGGCCAUUACUCAGAUCUGUGAAAAACUGAUACGGAAGAUGUAUAGUAUUUCAACGGCUAUCAAAGUAACUACUUCACGAACCAGUGAGCCAGAGUGAUCCAUCAUGCAGGCAGAUACAAGGUCAUUGCAGAUAUAUUGGUAUCAGCCUAUACAUGUCUGCCGGGAAAUGACAGUAUUUGAAGUACAGUGAUGCCAAAGAGUUUUUGAAACUGUGUCACCAUUUUAUAGUUUGUGUUUCGAUGCAAAAUGUCUUUGUUACAUUUCUUGGUUGCAGUUGUUUGAAAUUUCACUUACAUUUAAGGGAGGGAUGCAUCAUUCUUGGAUUUGUUUUAAGCUCCCAAAUGUAUUGGCCUCAAAAAUUCUGUAUCAGCUGGGAGACUCAUCACACCACUCAUUUGAUUGGCUUUGCAGAGAAGCACCAUGGAGCACUAAGGAUAUCUUAGUCAUUUGGACUAUUGUGUGACGUGUGCUUUCUGAAAUCUACAGCUUCUGAAUGCUGAACUAACAAGUUUGUCUUUACUUGACAUUUCAGAUCUCGAUGUAAAAUGUCUUAAAUGGCCGACGUGCUGUCAAACAAUACUAACUGGCUGUCAUGACAGCUUAAGUAAAUGGCGAAACAAUAAUUGGUCCAACUCUGACGUGAUGUAGGUUUAGCCCAUCCACAGGUCUCUCCCCCCCACCCCCCCCAAAAAUGUCUCAAAGUGGUGAUGUAAAUGGCAACGGUAUGCUUGAGUUUACUUCGCUGUCUUGUGUCUUCGUGCGUGCCUGCCACACCAGUACAGAGCCUCCAGUCCAUGCCAUAUGUAUGUGUGUGUAUAUGUAAAGUAUUAUCGUGUCUAUAAACAAAGUUUAAGGUUUUUCCACUUUGUCACCUGUAUCCAGUUUUUCUGUUAAACAUUUGUAAUUUUUUUAUUUUUUUUUAUCAUUGUCUUUUUGUUCUCCUUGUCAAUGUGAAAAUGUCUACAAAUAACUAAAAAUAUGUUACAUUUCUUAACCGGUCUGAUUCAGACUGGCAGAGGAAGUAGAACUGCGCCUGUUGCCACUAUUUGCAGUAGAAAUGACAAAAAGCAAUUCCAGCAACCCCGAACGUAGUCGGAAGCUACCAACCAAUCAGCUGCCAGCCUUCAUGUUCACUCUUGAUAGAAAAAUAUGCACACGAUAAUCGUGAAUGACCUUUUCAGAUUGAGCAUUCUGUUUCUUGAUUGUCAUUUUCACAUUGUGUCAGUGAUGUGAGAUCUGAAGAAGGAGAAAGAGAGCUUUUAGUAUUUCCUGCUUGUGUUUCUGUAGAGAUGUGGGUUGUAGUUCUUAGCAAAAAUGUUCUCUGACAUUCAAUGCUAAUGCCAAAGGUUUUCCUUUCUCAUCGUUUUGUGCUGAGAUAUGGAGGGUGUUUCAUGAACGUGCUGCAGCGUGUAGUUCUCUGUACUGAACCAUACGGGGGUUUGCAUUACGAGGUGUUACCAUUGUGAUUGGAAAAACACGGUCCUGCCUCUGUGAGAUGCAGUUUGACGCAGCAAAUAUAUGAAUGUAUAAAGUUCCUUUCUUGUAUUUUUUUUGUUUUCAUAGUUUCAGUAAAAUCUUUUUGACAAAAUGUAAGUGGUUAUUAAUAUGAGAUAAAGACCCUUCUUCAUUGAGCCUUCAGACAAGGAGCAUGUUUUUUUUAUUGCAUUAAGAUGCCUGAAAUAUUGAGAUUAAAAGCCCUUAAAAACUGG